GUGGAGGUCAGAGUUGUGUCUGGUGAGCUAAGGUCUAAGAGGAGAGAAGACCAACACCAUCUGAAGGAGACAUGGCUGCUAAACUGUUUGAAGCUGUUGGCAAGUUUGGCCUGGGCUUAGCUGUUGUAGGAGGAGUUGUCAACUCUGCCUUAUAUAAUGUGGAUGCUGGCCACAGAGCUGUCAUCUUUGAUAGGUUUCGUGGAGUCCAAGACAUUGUUGUAGGGGAAGGGACUCAUUUUCUCAUCCCAUGGGUACAGAAACCAAUUAUUUUUGACUGCCGUUCCCGGCCACGGAAUGUCCCAGUAAUCACUGGUAGCAAGGAUUUACAGAAUGUCAAUAUCACUCUUCGUAUUCUCUUCCGACCUGUUGCCAAUCAGCUGCCCCGAAUCUUCACCAGCAUUGGUGAGGACUACGACGAGCGAGUGCUGCCAUCCAUCACCACUGAGAUCCUCAAGUCAGUGGUAGCUCGAUUUGAUGCUGGAGAAUUGAUUACCCAGAGAGAACUAGUCUCCAGGCAAGUGAGUGAUGACCUCACAGAGCGAGCUGCGACCUUUGGGCUCAUCCUAGAUGAUGUUUCUUUGACGCAUCUGACCUUUGGGAAGGAGUUCACGGAGGCAGUAGAAGCCAAACAGGUGGCUCAGCAGGAAGCAGAGAGGGCCAGAUUUGUAGUGGAAAAGGCUGAGCAACAGAAGAAAGCAGCCAUCAUCUCAGCAGAAGGUGACUCCAAAGCAGCCGAGCUGAUUGCCAAUUCACUGGCCACUGCAGGAGAUGGCCUAAUAGAGCUUCGUAAGCUGGAAGCCGCAGAGGACAUCGCAUACCAGCUUUCCCGUUCUCGAAACAUCACCUACCUGCCUGCUGGACAGUCAGUGCUCCUCCAGCUUCCCCAGUGAGGUCUGUGGCCUCACCAGUCCUACCCCACUCAACCAUGAUCUAAUCCACAGUCUUUUCCCUGCCCCCCUCCUGCCCAAAAUCACUGUGAAAUUUAAUGAUUUGGCUUAAGCAAAGGAAAUAAAAUUAAAGUCAUUUUGGGAUCUUUAAUUUCUCCAUGAGAUUUAAGCUCUUUCAUUCUUUACAUCUUUCUUGUCCACCCCAAUUUUAAGUGAGAACUAAUAUCUGUCUUGAACAAGUGGCUGGGGCAACAAUACCCUCAAUCCUCUGGAGAAGUUCAACCUCGGUGCUGCUGGGAACAGGUCAAAGGAAGAAGGGCAGAGACAGAUACACAAGUGGACAAUUUUAAUGAACUGAUGUAAACUAGAGCUUCCCACCAUUUGACCAGAGAUGGUGAAAAAAAGAUAGCACCCAGAGCCUUAGUUAGCUAUUAGAGAAGGGAGCCCUCCAUUCAUUCCAGCAUUUUGUUUAUAGUUUAGAGGAGGUGCUGUGGAGACUCAGGAAGGAAAUGGUCCUUCUAUUGCUAUGAGGUUGAUCAUUAACUAUGGGACUAAUGGAAGCACACGUGUAUGUGAUUGGUACUGAGAAAGCUGGCCUUUCAGGGAUAUAAGGGAAAUUUUCUCUUCCUCUAAUCCAAAGGGUUCUAAGGAUGGAAUGGUCUUUGGGGGAUCCACCUGAAAGCUUCUUUCUCCCUCAUCUCUAGCAUCUUUUAAAAUGCUUAGGAGGGAACUCUCAGUGUGAGGGAUUGCAUUCAGCACUGACUGAAUGUCCUCUCCAUUGAUGUGCAAUUCUGAGUUCCUGGCUCUUUUAUUCAGAGACACUGACCUUCCAGACAACUUUGUGGCUCAAGGAAUGGGAACAGCCGUGGGGGAAGAGUACAAAUUGUGUAACCUGCCUUCAAUAAAUGACACCCAAAUUCCCUA